AUGACAAAUAUAAACAGCUUCAACUGCCCAUUGAAGGGAUACAAAGCAAUCAAAAUAGCAUAUGGAACACAGGCUACGCUCAAUCCAAACGAGGAAGAGCGUGCAAGCGGAUUGACUCACGCAUGGAAGAUAUACGUAAAGGCCCCACCAGGAUUCAUAAAAAUAACCACAUAUAAGUUACAUGAGUCAUUUCUGAACAAUAACGUUGUUGUGAAUGCAACUGAAAGCAAUCCGAACUUCGAACUGCACCAGAAAGGAUGGGGUGAGUUCACAAUCCAAAUAAAAAUAGCUCUCUUCAAUAAUGACAGAAUCCACUUCAGCCACUACCUAAAGCUACACGAGAACAAGAAGUUGAUGAUAAACGAUACGCCAACGAAGGUGGUGACGAGUGAGAAGAAGGAUACGCUCUUUUUCAAGGGGAAGUUUUCAGGUAAAAUAGAUCCCAAAACGUACGAAUGCAAAUUCACUAAUGAAAACGAUGAGUACAAGAAAAUAGACAAAUGCAUCGACUACGUACUGGAUGAGAUUGAGAAGAUGGCGUAA